GAGGGGGUGUCCCGUCUGCACGCGCAGACAGCAGGGAGCAGCUGCAGCAAGAGGACCUCUGGUAACAUUCACUGCAUUGCUGAGAGUGACAUAUUACCAUUUCAACUUUAACAAUUCUAGAAUAACAUUGUAUUAACGACAGCUAAAAUGGUUGAUCGCGAGCAACUGGUGCAGAAAGCCAGGCUGGCCGAACAGGCUGAAAGAUAUGAUGAUAUGGCAGCAGCCAUGAAAUCGGUGACAGAGUUGAACGAGGCCUUGUCCAAUGAGGAGAGGAACCUGCUCUCUGUGGCCUAUAAGAAUGUGGUAGGGGCGCGGCGCUCAUCCUGGCGUGUCAUCUCCAGCAUCGAGCAGAAGACCUCAGCAGACGGCAACGAGAAAAAGAUCGAGAUGGUGCGUGCGUACCGCGAGAAAAUCGAGAAGGAGCUGGAGACCGUGUGCCAGGACGUGCUGAACCUCCUGGACAACUUCCUGAUCAAGAACUGCAACGAGACGCAGCACGAGAGCAAGGUGUUUUACCUGAAGAUGAAGGGCGACUACUACCGCUACCUGGCCGAGGUGGCCACGGGCGAGAAGAGGGCCGGCGUGGUGGAGUCCUCUGAGAAGUCCUACAGCGAGGCCCAUGAGAUCAGCAAGGAGCACAUGCAGCCCACCCACCCUAUCCGCCUGGGUCUGGCCCUCAACUACUCCGUGUUCUACUACGAGAUCCAGAAUGCACCUGAGCAGGCCUGCCACUUGGCCAAGACCGCCUUCGAUGACGCCAUCGCUGAGCUGGACACCCUGAACGAAGACUCCUACAAAGACUCUACCCUCAUCAUGCAGCUGCUACGAGACAACUUGACACUCUGGACCAGCGACCAGCAGGAUGACGAGGGUGGUGAGACCAACAACUAGAGAGUCCCUAAAGAGACCCCUGUGUCCUGUUUCAGCCAAUACACACAACACCCCGCUCCCUCACAAAUCACAACAAAAUAUGAAACCAGAUCUUAGAAAUAAAUGAUUUGGCUGGUGGAACUUUGGCAACCACUUUUGCCGUUGAUGAUACUACCGCAGCUGCAGUUCUUAAUUUUUACACAAAUUUAAAAAGUUAAGAAAAAAUUGAAAGAGGAGGGGAGUAGGAGGGGAGAUGAUUUUAGUUUUUAGUAUAGUUAAAAAAUAAAUAGUUGAACCCCUUCCUUCUUGAUUACCUCUGCGACAUUUGCCAAACCACUUAAGAGGAAGAAGUUCUGUGUCUCAAACAGUCAGUCAGGAAGUAGAGUCUGGCUAUUGGGUUAGAAAUGACACCCUCACACUGGCAUAAAGACUGUUCUUAUGGCACUAAAAUGAAAUGGAGCUUCUUAUUUAACUGAUGUGGUGAGGGAGGAGGAGCAUUCAAAAUCGUAAGGGGAGAUAGAAGCUUGUGCAACAAAAAAAAAACUUGAAUGUCAUCGCCUCGCAAAAAGAAAGAGUUGCAAAUAGGUUCCAGAGAGGGAGAAAUCGGUAUCGUACCUCUAGCUAACCACUUCAGACUUACCAACAUGGAAUCUAAAAGGUGUGCAUCACCCUGUAAUGGUAAUCGUUGUGUGAAAGCAGGUAUCCUCUGUGAUUAUUGAACAUACAUAACCAAUGUUUUGUUCCCAUGAUGUCAGGAAUGUGUUUGUACUCAGUCACAAACUAUAUUACUGUAACUAAAGUAGUAAAUACACAGCCAGUACAGCCCUCUAAUGCGCUGAUAUGCUAUACAUACAUAAACAUUUUCAAGCAUCUGGUUAUUAUUAUUAUUACUCUCCCCUUACCUAGGUUGUCAAGGGUGCCAUAUUAAUAGAAUAUCAAACUAUGCUAAUACAAAGAAAAUCACUAAAACAACAAACACAAUUAUCUUGCAGAGGAGAUCAUUUGUGUAACUCUGUGUUGUUGUCUGUUCACACUGCUAUGCUUUAUCUUGGCCAGGUCGCAGUUGCAAAUGAGAACUUGUUCUCAACUAGCCUACCUGGUUAAAUAAAGGUGAAAUAAAGGUGAAAUAAAAAUUUGAUAUUGUAAGACAACAGAAUAUUUUGUCCUAAAUUACGGUAUAUUCAUAUUUACAACAAUCUUGGAUCAUGAAAUGGAUCCAUCUGGAUCCACCAUGACACCGAGUUGACUGGAACCACAUACGCAGUGGACAAAAUACACAUUACCUGGGCUAUAUGGACACGCCUGGUGCCCAAAAUUGAUGACGUAUGUCACACAGCUGUGAGUGGAGACGAAUGGAUUCGGUACUGACAGUCAGUUCAGUCAGCCGUCCUGAUGAGCCCUUCCCAGCUAGCUAGUUUAUGCUGGCUAGCUGGCAACAACAGCAGCAUGGCACUAGUUAUAACUUGUAAAAGUAAGUGCUUUUUAUUUCCACGGACAAAAUAACUUGUAGUAUUGAUCGCCAUCUGGAUGUCACCGUGACAUGCCAAUUAGCUAACGUAACGACACGCCGGUGUGAAUGACCAGUGCAACCGUGUUGUAUCGAGGUACUUCCCAGUUCCCACUGUUGCUUCCCGCUGGCCAGAAGUUGCUUCACCGGGCAGCUGUAACACAUUUUCGCUGGCAGUAGCUAUUUGUUCCAUCCCACUUCAUUAUAUUUAGAGUAGGAUAGCACCCUACACGAGAAAUAACUUGUAAUAUUGGUAGUAUAGUAACCAUCUGAGGGCCACCGCGAUACAGUCUUCUGCUCAAUGGGGAGAGUUUGCACUGCAAGCCGGCAACACAACAACAUGGGGCACAGUGUGUCCUUCACCCCACUUGCUGAGCACUGCUGCCCUGCUGUAAGCAGAGGAAAGUAGCUAGAUAGUUUAGCCAAUAUCAGGCCGGGUGACAGCUAAAGCACAGUUAUUGUAAUGAUUUUCACCAAAAGUAAAUUUUUGUUGUUGAAAAAAUAACAAUUAUUUCCUGUUAAAAACAGAAUGAUUCUGAACACUCCCAAGUCCCAGCUUCGACAGACAAGUUAAAAAGUCUGGUUGAAGUUUCUAGCCACAAGCAUAAACUAGCUAGCUGGGAAAAGCUCAUUAGGAUGCCUGGACUGAAAUGACUGGACCGAAUCCGUUUGUUCCCACUCAACUCUCGCUGCGUGACAGUUUUGGGCACAAGGAAUGUGUGUAUAGCCUCUCCCAAUCUAAAAGCAUAUUUGAGGUUUGUGGAUUUUCUUUUUGUGUUCACUUUUUUAAUUGUGAAGAAAUGCACUUGCCCAUCAAACUGUUUCUUCAGUGUAAGAUGAUAACUGCUCUAAUAUUCUCGAUAAUAUAAUAUUGUGCAUGCUGGUGAUGUAUUUAUAUACAGUAGCUUGACUUUAUUAUUAUUAACUUAUAAUGUGGAUGUUACGUAUUCAUAUGAACAUGAAAUGACUAGACUUCAAUCUGAAUUAUUUUCUAUUUAUACUUUAUAUUGGAUUGUUGACAUUUUAUUUGAAUCUGUGUUUCCCUUACUCCAUUUGCUGAAAGUACGCUAUGCCAAAACAAUGAUUGUUAACAAUAAAUUGAUCUGUAACGGACAUUGCUAUAGUGACAUGCAAUUCUUGUAUUUGUGCUUUUGCAUAACAAAAGGCCGGAGGAUCCCAAACAAUUAUAAUAAAAGCCGAGAAAAAACCCCA